AUUUAAUUAAAUCGGUGAAUAUGAAUUCAUCCACAGAAUACGAAGAGGUCCUUAAAUUGGUCUCUGAACUCAGUAUUGAUAAGUUGCAUUCUUUUCCAGGGAAUGAUGCAGCUCCUUUAGAUGGAAAGACACUCUAUACCAGCCCAAAUUCGGUGGUUUAUCUUGAAGGGUUGGCGACUGAUAACGAGCCCGCUCUGAAUAAUUCUCCAAGGAAAAAUGAAUUGUGAGUUGUGAAAACUGUUAAGGAAGAGGCAUUCUGAUAUCUCCUGAGUAAGGAGUAUAAGAUAUUAAAAGAACUCAACCAUCCUCAUAUUAUUAAGCCCAUUGAUUUUUGCCAUGAUAGGGCUUUGAAAGAACAAACUGCUAGCCUAUAUUUACCUUACUAUCCUAAGGGAGAGUUGUUUCAACUAGUUAAGUCAAAGAAUGGGCUAGGGGAGCCUCUAUCUUGUCUAUAUCUCAAGCAGAUUGCCUCAGCUAUCGAGUAUCUUCAUGAGAUGAAUAUUGCCCACAGAGAUAUCAAGCUCGAGAACAUUCUAAUCGAUGAUUCUUCCAACUUGAAGCUCAUUGAUUUCGGCUUCUGAUAUCUUUCCCAAUACCAGUUUGACGAAGAGCAGAACAAAGACAUCCAGACUAAGGUCCUUGAAAGUAGUAUUGAAGCUAAUAUUAUGGGGACUGCUGGAUAUCUUUCUCCUGAGCUUAUUGAACUCACUAAUUCAGGAGUUUUGGCAAUCUGAGAAUCAACCGACAAAAUUGCAGAAAAGCUAGAGAUUUUAAAAGCAGGCGAUAUCUUUGCUCUUGGAGUCACACUUUUUACGAUGGUCGUUGGAGUUGCUCCUUUUGCAACAGCCUCUAAAAAUGAUGCUAACUACAGAGCCUUACUCCUUGGCAAGAAGAGAAGAUGCGAUUGGUUCUGGAAAAAGCACAUCGUUGCAAAAAGUAUGAACGAAAAAGGAUUAUUGUCCGAAGAAUUUAAAAACUUGGUCGAAGAAAUGCUUGAUCCUAACCUUUCUGACAGAAUGGGAAUCACCUCAGUGGUAAACCACCCCUUCUUGAAUAAAUUUGCUCAGUCAUCUUGAGAUGAGGUAUACUCAUCCUAUUAGCUAAAUUCAUUUCCGUUUCGCAACUUCCUGGACGUCAGGAAUUGUCAGAUUCUUAGAUUCUUUAAUAAAAUUAAACUAAAAUAUU